AUAAAAUAAGAUUAAAUAAUUUAAUAAAACCCAAUUGUAUUAUUGAAUGAUGGGAGGUCCAAUAAAUAGUUUCCCUAAAAGGCAAGAUAAUCCGUGACACAAUAAUAUUUCUGGGUCGACCCAGAAAAUGAUUGGGCUUACCGAACAUCAAACUCGAGGGACGUAAACUAUAAUUAUACAAUUGUACAGUGAUCAGUUCUGCACCACUAGUCCGAAAAUUCAUAAAGACAAUAUUUAGGGUUCCGAUGGCGGAGAAUGCGGCGACGAUGUUUGCCGGAGCCAAAUCCGAGCUGGAGAAGAAAUACAUCGUUCGUAUUUCGGCGGCCGCUUUGGAUCUGGUCGAAUCGUUCGGUACCAACCUAUUCCCCGACGACGAAACGCCACAAAAAUGUGUCAGAAUCUUGGACGAGGCAUGCAGAAUGGCGGAAGAAAGAAUCAGAAAUUGCGAUGACGAAAUUAUCGAGUUCAAUGACGAGGCGCAUCGCCUGGAUCGAGCUCUUGUCGAACUAGUUGAAUUAUACAGAGAUAACAACAGCUCCGCCACCCGAUCUUGGGUCGAUCGAUUGAGGUCGGAACGUGAUUCGACAUCAUUUCACAUGAGAGAAUUUUUCGUGCGAUGGGACUUUUCCGGAAGUAGUCCUAUUUUCUUUCCGGAAGAAACUAGAAAGUUUCGAUUGUUUAUGGACGAUGUUUCUUCGUUUAAAUGGACAGAAACAAAUCUUACGUCACAAGGAGUGGCUGCAGCGGUCGACAAGUUUCUCUCCGAUAUCCGACGCAUACUACUUGCUCGUUUCGCUCGUUUAUUGGAAGUCAAGGCUUGUGAUGUUGCGGAGGUAAUAAGCAGGCAUACUGACGUGCCUCUUACUCAGAUUCUUGAAUCCGAUAAUGAUCGCAAGAAAAGAGCCGUUUAUAUGACGAACCAGAGAGUGGUGAAUCAAGAACACGUGGUCAAUGAAAUUUACGAAGUUUUAUCCUCCGAAAGACCGAUAAUUACAAAACGGCCUAGGGGGUCGUUUCUCCUUGUGGGCCCUACUGGAGUUGGUAAAAGGGAGAUUGCAAAGGCUGUUGCACUUCAUUGGUAUUGUGACGCAAACAGGAUCGUGGAGAUAGAUAUCUCGGAGUAUGCAGAUCUUCUUCCAAUGAAAUCGGCGGCACCACCACCUUAUGAUUUUCUUCCCUUCGGGUCGGAGAGUAAAGAGAAGCAUCUGUUGGAUCGGCUUACUCAAGUUGUCGCGAAGCGUCCUUAUUCGGUUAUUCUACUAAGCAAAAUCGACAACGAUCCCCUUACUGUAACAAGGGUUCUCCUUCGUAUUCUGAGUGACGAUGAUAAUGCACUAAGUAGUAAUACUAAGGGGAACGUUGUCGACUUCUCUCAGUGUAUUAUUUUCUUGACUUCAAAUGUGGGACCCGAUCAACUCGUGUCUUCUUGUAAUACAUGCUAUAAGAACCAUGAUUGUAGUUAUUUAAAGGACAGUGUCGAGAUGACGAAAUUCAUUGACGAAUUCAAAAUUCUCGUCGUUGAGAGGUUCGACGAUGAAAAGGCUGUUGCAAGGGUGUUGCUUAGAGAACUCGUUACGGAGGCUUAUGGAAAUGGAUGUAUCGUUCAUGCCUCCGAUGCUGCACUAGAUGCGUUACUUAUAAUCGCACACAAACCUCGUCUUGGAGAAGGUGGGAACGCCAUCAAACAAACGCUGAUUAAGCACGUUAUGUCAAAGGUGGCAGUCGCAAAGGAGCUUGAUAAGAAAGUCGUCUUAUGUGUUGAUACAUGGGUCGGAUCUCGAAAAUUGUCGUUUAGAAUUUACUCGCCCGAACAGAGUGUGGCCGAUCGGUACUUCAAAUUCAAAGCUGGAACAGCCGAUGAAUAUAUUGCACAUUUAAAGAAGACCGUGGGAGCGUUGGACAAGGUGUUUCACUUACAGCGUCGAUUUUUGGACUUGUCGGAAUCUGGCGAGAGUUUAUCUUCGCUGAGAGAGUUAGUCGUCGAAGCAUUUCGUGGCCUAUUGGCGUCUCACAGCCCUUGUGGACCACCACUAAUAUGUGCAUUCAAACAGAUAGAAGAAUCGUGCCAUCGGCUUCCGACAACCGAAGACAAGAGGAAGUUAGAAUCCGUUAUUCGAUCGUUGCAAAGCCUCGAAACGAGUACGGGUAAAGUAACUAGUUCGAUAAUAGAUGUUUUGUUGAAAACGGGUGAUAGUCAACUGGAAAUGCCGAGUCUGCAAAGGAGAAACUACAUGUUUGGAGGUCUCAACCGCAACGCUAAAACGAAGUUGAUUGCUUGCCUUACGCAAUCGCUCGGGGAAUCGUUCUUCACGUAUAUCAAAUUACACGACAACUACAGAGGCGGUGAGAAAGAGAAGGCAUCUCUUAUGGGUAAAGUGAAUAAGAAUCCGUGCAUGGUUGUGUUCGUCGAUGGAGUGGAAUUUGCGGACGAUAUUUUCUACAAGAGCUUGUUGGAUAUCUUUGAUAACGGUGUUUUAGAGGAUUGUGAGGGUUUUGGUUUUGAAUUUCGGAGAAGUAUUAUUAUCCUCACAUCGGAGCUGCUCGCCAAUACACCUAGAAAUACUGCUGCUGUGUAUUUUAAAGAUCGGAGAAACGACGUUUCUAUUCAACCCUUCAAUCAGGAGGAGGAUGUUUUUAAAGAAGAGAGUUUUAGGACUGAGUUGUUACACCGGUUGGAUGAAAUAGUAUUUUUCGAUCCGGAGGGUGGCAAUGCUAGCUUUAUGCCUAUAUCUGCUGCUGCACACAGCCACUACGUCGACAAUUACCAUUUCUCGUUGUUGUCGUCUCCAAUGCAGUUGUCGUCUCCGUUUGAGUCUUCUUCAAUGCAGCAACACUCAAGACUCUAA